AUGGCUCUUACUGCUGAGAGGAGCGAGGAAAGAAUCUGGAAAGAGAAUGCCGCCAAAAGAGAUGCAAAGAAGGGUGGGGCAACCACUUCGAAUGAUCACAAAAAGAGAGGGCAAGAACAGUCUGGACAGUCGGGACAUGAAAAACGGCCCAAGCCUAGUAAUGAAACAUGUUCAAAUGGGGGUAGAAACAUUCCUGAAUGCCCUAAAUGCACUAAGCACCACUUUGGGGAAUGUCGGGCCAAAUCAUGCUAUAAAUGUAGAAAAGAAGGGCAUAUCAAGCGCAAAUGUCCAUCAUGGAAUCAGGCUGGAAACAAAGAGGAGCAAAAGAAGGAUGAUAAAUAUGUUCCGGCCAGAGUCUUUGCGAUCACUCAGGCAGAAGCUGAUGCUAGCCCUUCAAUCGUAUCAGGUCUGAUUCCUAUGGCCAAUACUACAUGUAAAGUUUUAUUUGAUUCAGGUGCAUCUCAUUCAUUUAUUUCUAGUAGCCUUGUAAAUCAUGUAAAUGUACUUAUAGAAUUGUUUAAUGUGGGUUUUGGGACUAUUCUACCAUCUGGGGAGGUUGAAAAAUCUAAAAAUUGGUUUAGAGUUGUACCAUUAUGGAUAGAUGGUAGGGAACUGUUUGUAGACCUAAUUGUGUAA